AUGUCCAUAGUAUACAUUAAUAUCUUCCUGGCAUUCACCCUCUCAUUAAUGGGCAUGCUCAUCUACCGAUCCCAUCUUAUAUCAUCCUUACUAUGCCUGGAAGGCAUAAUAUUAUCCCUAUUUGUAAUAAUAUCCGUAACCAUUCUAAAUAACCACAUCACAUUAGCCAGCAUGAUACCAAUCGUACUACUAGUAUUCGCUGCCUGCGAAGCAGCACUAGGACUAUCUUUACUAGUCAUAGUAUCUAACACCUACGGGACUGACUACGUGCAAAACCUGAACCUUUUACAAUGCUAA